AUGCAAAGUGAUAAAAGACUAUCGUGUAGCACUUCUCAUAAUCUCUUAGCUAAACAGAUUCCAGCCAAUGGUGAAUAUACAAAGCUACAACCAACUACAAACAUUACCUCGGAUGGUGAUUCGUCAUCUUGUGGUUCUUAUGCCUCGGUAGUUAAAGGGAUGCCAUCAUAUUCAAAUGAUGUCUUAUUAAAGAAACUUGAUAAUAUUUUAGUCAAAGUGGAAGAAGAGUCUAGUGCAACGCAUCUGUCGCUUGAAGAAUUAAAAGAAGAAAUGAAAGAUCGUUACAAACAAACAAAACAGCAAGUAGAAGUGCUGGACAAUCAAGUGAAAACAAUGGAAAAGAAUUUCGAAGAUUUAACCAUACGAGUCCGCGGAAUAUUGCAAAACAUUUGUACAUCAAUAUUGAAUCCACAAGUUAUACAAAGAUCGCAUUGGAAAUCGUAUUGGCAAGAACAAAUCAAACUACUAGAAGAAUUUAGAUCGUCCCGUUCUAAAUCUAAACAAUAA